UUCUUGGAUCACUGGUAUGAGAUCGUCUGUCAAAAUAGGACGGUUCCAAAACUAAAUAAGAUUGGAUUGCGAGUUCUCAACAUUUCACUUCCCAAUUAUCUUGAAUCCGUGAAUGGCAUGAUCAGUGUCAGUCUUCCAUUAAUAUACUCAAAUGCAAGCUGCGGGGGCAAAGGACUUGGUGUGCCGGUGAACUUUGAAGGAAGUCAAUUUGUCUUUUCCCAGACAUGGAACGUAUUUAUGUCGGUUGGUUGCAACACCCUGACAACAGUGAAUAGUAUAGAAUCAGCUGUUGUUGGUUGCAGGUCAAAAUGCGCUGGAACCAGUGCUGCCAUUGGCCGAUAUAGUGCUUGUUUGGGGAGGAACGAAUGCUGCCAGACUACGCUCCCGUUUAACCUUCAAAGCUUUAGCGUGGAUUUUAAAGAAGAAGGUGAACCUCAGGGAUGCAAGUACGCUUUCCUGGCCGACAGAUCAUGGUUCUUGAGGUCUAACGUUACAGGUUUAUAUGAUUUGAGUUUGAAUGAUACAGUUCCAGUGGUGUUGGAAUGGGGGAUUUCAAACAAAACCGACUAUGAACUCAAGCUUAUUAAGCAAGCCUAUGGCUUGGCCUAUCUUUCUUCCUUCAGAUGUGUCAGAUACAGCCUCUAUGGAUUUUAUAGGAGUGAAAUGCCAUUUAUACAGUGCUAUUGCAGACCGGGGUAUAGGGGUAACCCCUAUCUUACUGAAGGAUGCCAAGAUAUUAAUGAAUGUGAAGAUCGAAACUUGUGCCCCGGGACUUGUGUGAACAAACGGGGCAGCUAUGACUGCGUCACUGGUAGAAAGACAGCUAUUCUUAUUGGCCUCGGAGCGGGCGUUGGAGGACUAGUGCAAGUGUUGCUUCUCUCUCGAUGCUUAUACAGAGUCGUCAAGAAAAGAAGAGAACUUAAGCAAAAAGAGAAGUACUUUAAAACGCAGUGGGGCCUCUUGUUGCAACGACAUCUAUCUUCGUCACCUGAAGGCAACGUUGCGAAAAGCAAAUUAUUUGGUUUCAAGGAUUUAGAGAAGGCCACUGACCGUUUCAACAAGGAUAGGAUACUUGGCCAAGGUGGACAAGGUCUAGUUUACAAGGGAAUGCUGACUGAUGGAAAAAUAGUUGCGGUUAAGAAAUCAAAACUGAUAGACAAGGAAAAUGUUGAAGAGUUCAUCAAUGAGGUCAUCAUUCUCUCACAAAUCGAUCAUAGGAAUGUGGUUAAGCUAAUGGGGUGUUGCGUGGAAACAGAUAACCCACUUUUAAUAUAUGAGUUCAUACCGAAUGGGACUCUUUAUAGGUAUUUGCAUGACCCAAAUGAAGACCUUCUCGUGUCAUGGGAUACACGCCUACGAAUUGCAACCGAAAUUGCUGGAGCUUUAUUCUACUUGCAUUCAGCGGCUUCUAUACCCAUCUAUCAUCACGACAUCAAGUCCACCAAUAUCCUUUUGGACGAGAAACAUUGUGCUAAAGUCGCAGAUUUUGGUAUUUCCAAGUCUGUAUCCCUUGACCAAACUCAUGUUACCACAUUGGUGCGAGGGACUUUUGGAUACUUGGAUCCGGAGUACUUCAGAACAGGUCAUUUCACAGACAAAAGCGAUGUGUAUAGCUUUGGAGUAGUCCUCGUUGAACUCUUAACGGGACAAAUGCCAAUCUCUUUGCUUAGGGAAGAAGAAGAAAGGAGCCUUGCGGCCUAUUUUGUAAUUUCAAUGGAACGGAAUUGCUUGUUCAAUAUUGCUGAUACUCGGGUCAUGGAGGAAGGCAAGAAAGAAGAGAUUGUAGCUGUUGCUAGCCUCGCAAGAAGGUGCUUGAGCUUGAUUGGAAGGAACCGGCCGAUGAUGAAAGAAGUGGCAAUGGAGUUAGAGGGAAUAAGGAAGCUCCGAAGCUCUUCGAGCUUCCAACAAAAUCAAGAAAACAUCAAGGCCGCUAAAUCUCGUGACUCUCAUUUCGCAUCCAGCAAGUCUAUCAUAGGCAUAGAUGUAACAACAUUUUCAGAUGUGCAACCAUUCGCACAUUGUGAAUCAUGGUGAAGACAGCAAUUUCUGCUAUCAUCUUCGCAGCAAUUUCUAGCUAUACAUGCAGAGGCGAAUGACUCGAUUAUACAAGUUGCAUCAAAGUUGAUCUUUACCCAUCCCUCUUAACCUUAACAAAUAAGGGGGAACUUGCCCUUUGAUUGGUCAAUUAUAGACCAUUUGUUUUAGCUAUUUCCUUGUUGGUGGUGUUGUAAAGAAGAAGGGUGGUUGAAUAGUUCCCUUUUCAAAUUUUCUCUUGUUUAGUACGGGCGUUUGACUUAA